CCCAGUACAGGUCCACUUUCUUUAGCUAAAGGGCUCAUGAGGCAUCCUCCUCCUCCCUAGCCCACCUGUGGCAAGGACUCUGCUUCUGUUAGCCACCCGCAUUUUGUCAUUUCUUUCAUGUCUCCUAAGUUUUUGCCCAGAUGAAACCCAUUUGUGCUUCCUCUCACAUGUCCUGUAAAGACACUGGAGUCCCCUGAGCAGGCUGCAGGAGAAUCAGAACUUAGUCAGAAGAGUGGAAAACAAUGAGUUCCAAGCAGCAACACGUGAAACUAAAUGAUGGCCACUUCAUUCCAGCACUGGGCUUUGGCACAUAUAAACCCGAAGAGGUUCCUGAAAAUAAGCCCCUGGAGGCUAUAAAUUUAGCUAUAGAGGCUGGGUUCCGCCACAUCGAUACUGCUUAUGUGUAUCAAACAGAAAAGGAUGUAGGACAGGCUAUUCGAAGCAAGAUUGCAGCUGGCAUUGUGAGGAGAGAAGACAUAUUCAUUGUUACAAAGCUUUGGUGCACUUUCUUUAGACCAGAGCUGGUUCGAUCUAACUUGGAAAAAUCAUUGAAAAACCUUCAACUGGAUUAUGUUGACCUCUAUAUCAUUCAUUACCCAGUUCCAAUGAAGCCAGGGGAGGAUCUGUUUCCAGAAGAUGAACAUGGGAAAACAUUAUUGGACACUGUGGAUAUCUGUGCCACAUGGGAGGCCAUGGAGAAGUGUAAGGACGCAGGAUUGGUCAAGUCCAUUGGGGUGUCCAACUUUAAUAGCAGGCAGCUGGAGAAAAUCCUGAAUAAGCCUGGGCUUAAGUACAAGCCUGUCUGUAACCAGGUGGAAUGCCAUCUUUACCUGAACCAGAGCAAGUUGUUGAACUACUGCAAGUCAAAGGACAUUGUUCUAGUUGCCUACUGUGCUCUUGGAUCUCAGCGGCCUAAACGAUGGGUGGACCCAAACUCCCCAGUUCUCUUGAAUGAUCCAGUUCUUUGUGACAUGGCGAAAAAACACAAGCGAAGUCCGGCCCAGAUUGCUCUUCGUUACCAUCUUCAACGUGGAAUUGUGGUCCUUGCCCAGAGUUACAAAGAGAAUGAGAUAAAAGAGAACUUACAGGUAUUUGAAUUUGAGCUGCCAUCAGAGGAUAUGAAAAUCCUAGAUAGCCUGAACAGAAAUUUAAGAUAUGCACCUGCUCCAUUUGGUGAAGGCCACCCAGAAUAUCCCUUUUCUGAUGAAUUUUAAUGUGGUGGCUUGUGUCAUGACUUCUAUCUCAAGUCUCAACGUACCUCUAUAUGGAUAAUGAUGUGAGCAACAUCCGAGAUACUGUUGAUUGAACAUAUCUCAUUUCUGCUCAAUCUGAACUGCUUAACAACUCAACUUCAGCUAGUCGUGUCCAUCAGUCCACCAUAGUUCAUUACAUUUUCAUGAUGCUUUGAAAUAAUGCUAAUGUUUCCUAUAAAAGGUCUUUCUUUA